AUGAGGGAGCACGGAAAAAUACUUAAAUAUGCUUAUCCCGCUGAAAGGGAAGUUGGAGUUUUGUUGUUUACUCUUUCCUGUUAUUUACUCCCGAUCCUUCCUUCCAUUUUGGUCAUUUGCUCGUAUCACCCUAUUCUACUUGACUUGAAUUCUCUUUCGACCUUGUCCUCUACUCUUCCGUUCGUAGCUCCUCAUCAGCUACUCAUCUACUCAAUUCAAUUGACCAAUUCCUCUCUACUUCCACAUACAAGACCAAUCCACCCAUCAUAA